AUGACCUCGUUGAAUAUGAAGACGUUAAGUGGUUUCAAUCCGGGCACGACGGCAACUAGGUCGUGGCCGGGGCGACUCCGGGAUUUCGAGGCGCUGACGAGGAGGCAGUGGUUGAAUUGCGGGAAUCGCGCCAGGACAUUGAGAAUCACCGCUUGUGCUUCUAUUAGCAGCGGCGGAGGAGGGAGUGGUGGGGUGGAAGACUUACGCUCUGUUGAAACAGAAAAUGGAAGUUGCUGCCAAACUGAGGACUACAAAGAGGCAGCUAGACUUCGUGAUUCACUGAGAUUAUUUGCGGAAGAAGAACCUAUUUUGCGGCUUUGUAGAUUAAUUAAGGGGGCAGUUGCUAAUGAGAGGUUUGAGGAUGCUGCUAGGUACCGUGAUGAACUGAAGGAUAUUGCCCCGCACUCUCUCUUGAAAUGUUCAAGUGAUGCGACGACAUUGGGAGUCAGGGUUCAAGUUAGGAGCGUGUACAUUGAAGGCCGAAGCCAGCCGACAAAAGGCCAAUACUUUUUUGCAUAUAGAAUAAGAAUUACGAAUAACUCAGAUCAUCCCGUUCAACUUCUCAGAAGACACUGGAUUAUUACUGAUGCAAAUGGGAAGACUGAAAAUGUUUGGGGAAUUGUAGUUAUUGGCGAACAGCCGGUUAUACUUCCCAAUAAUGGGUUUGAAUAUUCAUCUGCAUGCCCGUUAAGCACUCCAAGCGGGAGAAUGGUGCAAGACCCGAAGUGGACUCUACAUUCCCGUCGGUAUCCCAUCGAUAUCAAUUUCAUCGGUCCCCUUUGGACUAACGUAUCAAAUCAUACACAACUAACAGGGGAACUAUCACGGGUGGAGACUCAUGAAAGAAAAAGAAUUACUACUAACCAAGGACAAAAGGGAGAAAAAUAUGUAUAUCCCACUUGUUAGAAUGAAUAAGUUUUGGAGUUUUGUAUUUGUAGCUUUUUUAGGUUAAUUUAGCUCUAAUUUUUGAACGAAAGAUUUUUUAUUAUUAUUUGAACGGAAAGUGUAUGAAAUACCCCAAAUUUGUAUUUUGCCUUGGCCCCCAACAAAUUAGAGCUAGCCAUGUUUGUGUUAUUGCUCUAGCCGUUAGUUUCGGAAAUAGAUUUCAGGAAUAUUCAUUCUAAUAUCAACAUCCGAACACUCAAAAUGUAAAAAAAAAGCUUCCAAACACUCCGUAACAGUUCCACUAGUAGAAUAUUAGCAAUACCGAGAUAUGUGCCUUGAAGAACCUUGUUAGAAUUUCGAGACAAGUAAAGGGGCAAGUCUACUAAUACUUUCAUUCUUGCAACCAAUCUUAUGGAGUAACAUAUUUAUGUGCAUGCCACCCUCAAAUAAGUUCAUUUUUCUGAUAAC